UGUCAGCAGGUGUCAGCAGUGUCGCGUAAAAAAUCAUAAAAAUGCUGAAAGGCGCAUUUGGAGAGUGAAUGUGUGUUACGCACGUUAUAGGCACAAUGUCUUGCCUUUUAAAUGACGUAUUGACUUCGAACCCCACACUGACGCAUCGUCUUAUACAAGCCUUGAGGUCGAAUGAUGCCUGGAAGUCUUUACACUCAAUCGUUCCGGACAGCCAUCUGAGUGCUACGUUUUCGCCUUCAUCUCCUGAUGAUCUCGUGCUUGCUCUUCAAAACAGUUUCGUGUCUUUGCAAGAAUUCGUAAGCUGGCUAGAACUCAUCGACGCAGUGGACGCCCUGCUUUUACUGAAACCCGACGAGCCCGUGCAGAUCGUAACUCAUCCUCAAUCCAGAGUCGUCAUAGAAGCAGGAAACGUCUCAGUUCUGAGACUGACUUGUGAAGCCACGGCGUUCCCACAUCCAAAUUACGCGUGGUAUUUCAAUGACCGGCACCUGUUGCAUCAGCGGGGUCCGGUUCUGGAAAUCACGCCGGUAACCGAAGACCACGCUGGGACGUAUUAUUGUCUGGUGUCAAACACAAAAGGAUCGCGCGUUGUCUCUGCCACGAGCACCGUUCUUGUUGUUAAACGCGAUCAAAACAAUCCGGAGGAACCGUUAACCCUUUGUUGCACCGACAAAGUGGCGCUUCUCAUCAGCAACUCUGACUACUCCAACGACGUUAGAUUAAAACUCACCGUAAACGACGUAGAGAUUCUGGCAAAAUCAUUAGCCCAACUUGGUUUCCGCAUACUUGCCUUCAAGAACUUGACCAAGUGUGAAAUUCUGGGUGUGACAAAUUUUUUCUGCCAGUUCCUCAAGGACGGAACAUAUUCUGUGUUCUACUACGCCGGACACGGUUUCAAGCAUCGCCGUAUAGACUACAUGCAGCCCAUAGACUGCGACAGCACUAGAUCGGAAAAAUGCGUUCGCUUCGUAGACAUUGCCGAUCGCAUCAAGAGGACUCCGAGCAACUUUAAUCUGAUCAUUCUGGACGCCUGUCGCAAUACUGGCGGACACCACACGGACCUCCCCGUUGUCGAGCCUCGGGAGGUGAGAAAGGCGAGGCGGAGUUCGAUCAUCGUCUACGCUACCUCUCCCUACAAUUCCGCGGUCGAAGUGACGGGGCAUCAGAACGGAUUAUUCAUGGAGCACCUGAAGAGACACAUCGACGGACCUAUUUGCGUACACGACGCCUUACGUCGUACACUUAAGGACUUGGAGGAGCACAAGUUUUCGCAUUAUCAGAUACCCGUAGUGAAGUACGAUACGCCUCACGACCACUCCUUAUCUGAUCCGAUCCUCGACGGCGAAGUGUAUCGGAUAAACAGCGAACUUUGGCAGCCGAUUAGUAGACUGCCUCCCGACGAGGCGUUCAGAUUGCCGAACGCCGUCGUUCACGUGUGUUACUCUUGUGAGCGAGACGUCUUCUGCAAUUCGCUCGUCGUUGAGGCGUUCCGCGAACCGUCGCAUCCCGAUGUUCUCGUCAGUUUGGAAGCGCUCUCGUUUGAUGGCGCUAGCGUUUCCAAAGCUGAGAGCGACAGCUCGGCGCUGGUUGUCAGCUCCCUGCAGAGGCUCACUGCUGCACUUGAGUUUUCCGUAGUCCUCAGGAAUGUGAAGACCGGAAGGAUUGAAUGUAACAGGAGGUUUACCUGCGGUUACCCCCUUGUUUCGGCGCUUCAGUGCGGUACAUAAGCCGAGCCGCGAAAAUCGUGCGUGCAAACGUUUUGUCUCUGAUCACUGUCUUAGACACUCUGGAAAUGCAGUAUACAACAUGACUUUGCUGCAAACUCUGCUGAGCUACUGGAAACUGACAAAUCUUUUUUAAAAAAAAAUGUGUUUACCUGCCUCCAAUAUUUGAAGGUUGUGCAUGCUGGAUGUGCAUGUUUAGUCAUUAGUAUUUUAUAUUUUUAUAAUUGUUAUCGGUAUCUGGAAGUUUAACUGUUGGCAAAUCACUAUUUUACGCAUGUUAUCGUAGACAGAUUCACUAUAUAUUUUUGUUACAAUAAACCCUACACGAUCUAACAUUGUUGCUUGGUAA